AUGAAGGACAUUAGACGAAUUAAUAAUACUCACUCUAGAAUAUUGUCACAUCGCAAAGAAGGAUCGUUGACAUGGGUAGAAGGUUGGACGAACCCGUACCCCAAAGAAACAGAGGCGUGGCUAGCAGAUCGUGGACUUUAUGAGCUUAUUGAGAUUGGAAAGAGGCUAAGAGCACGACUGUCUUCGUUUCCAUUGUCUUAUGAUACUCAAAAAUUUGUGUUUGAACACACGUGGAAGAUCCGCACACGGCAAAGUGCCGAGGCCUUUGCAUUUGGGUUCUUUGACGGAAUUCAGCCAGUGUACUAUCAUAGUUAUCCGAUUGGAAAUGAUCACGUACUGCGGUUUUACGACAAUUGCCCAAUGUUUGAGAUUCAAGUUGAUAAGAAUAAGAGCGCUACUGUUGAACAUGCGAAAUAUCGCGAUAGUGAGCAAAUGCACAAGAAUCUGGCAAAAUUUCAAGAGUUGUCGGAGUUUUCGGAUGCAACUCAAGAUGAUAUGGAGGCGGCGUAUGCUGGUUGUGCUUUUGAUGUAGCUGUGCUCAAUGUGUUUGACAAUUGGUGUUUAUUUUUCGAUGACGAAAUGCUGCUAUCUAUGGACUACUUUCAAGACCUCAAGCACUUUUACAGGAAAAGUCACGGGUACGCGCUAUCCUACGAAAUUGCGACGCCAUUAUUGCAAGAAAUUUUUCAAACCAUGAAGCAGCGUGUGGAUGGCAAGAACAACGUGGAAGGAUAUUUUCGCUUUGCGCAUGCUGAGACUAUCUUACCUCUAGCCUCGCUUUUGAACGUUAGCUACUUUGAUCGUCACGCCAGCGACCGUGAGGGGCACUUUCGCGCUGAUACGCCGCUAGAGUUAGCACGUCAGCGAAAGUUCAAGAGCUCUGAAUUGGCUCCCUUUUCCGCCAACAUUGGUUUUAUACUCUACGAGUGCGCCGCAGCGACUGAUGGCGAUACUCCAACGUUUAAGGUGAAGACAUUACUUAAUGAGCAGGAGGUCAUUUUCAACGAGUGCAAAGACCAAGUGCUCUGUCCGUUCAAUGUAGUGGAGAAUAUUUUUCGCAGGUGGAUUUACGAGUUUGAUUUCCACAAGCACUGCGCACUUGAAUAG